AUGAUAAAGGCAGCACAGAGACUCUUGCAGGAUUCGGGGGAAGAUUUGAGCAAGCCGAUUCUUUUACGGACACCCAACCUACAUGCCCGAGCGAGUGGAAGCGCUAUCACAAGUUUUGUGGUAGAAUCGCUACAACGAAUUGGACUUAAACUCGAAGUCAAUACCGAACCAAAUCGUCCAGAAUACGCAAGACAGGUUGGAUUGGAAAAGGCUAUUGGAGAUAUGGCUCUGUUUAAUUCCUCGCCUCACUCCACAAUCCGUGUUUUGGAUGAAUAA